AUGUCACUUAAUAAUGAUUAUCAACAAAAACAAGAAAUAGCUUCUUCGAUUUCGUCAUCAACUAAGGAUCUUCUUCUUACUAAAAAAAAAGAUAUUCUAUGCAAUGAUUGUGGUGGCAUUUCUGUUGCCAAAGUUCAGCGUUUAUUAAAAACACUUGAUGGUACUACACAAUUAUUCAAUAGAACAGCAUCAUUUAAUAGUACUAUUGAAAAUUCAACAAAAUCUAAUAAAAUUUAUCGAAAAAAUCAUAAUCGGUUACAAUCAAGAAAUAAGAAAAAUAAUUCAGCACGCAAUAAUAGUCGAAAAACUUCGUUGAGACUAACUAUGAAAAAUAAGGAUAGAAUUACAAAUACUAAUAAACGAAUUCAACAUUCAAAUAUAAAACGGAAGUUAAAAAUCAAUCGAAUUCGAUCGUCAAUAUCAGCAAAACGAAAAAAUGAUAAGAACCGAACAAAAUCCAAGUAUAAUGGUGUGACUAAAAUCAAGAGGUUAUCAUCGAAAACUAAAUAA